GGGUUGGUGUGGAGGCCAUCCGGUACCCCCUUUACAGUCUCCCGGCCUUCUCGCCUUCCGCGGUAGAGCAAGCCCCAGCUCGACCUGCCCCGGCCGCCAUGGAGUCGGCGCAGGGUGCGGGCAUCGCGGUGGCCGAGGCGCUGCAGAAUCAGAUGCCUGGGCUGGAGAACUUGUGGCUCUGGGUCACCUUUCUGGGCGAUCCCAAGUGCCUCUUCCUGUUCUACUUUCCCGCGGCCUACUACACCUCUCGCCGCGUGGGCAUCGCGGUGCUCUGGAUCAGCCUCAUCACUGAAUGGCUCAACCUGGUCUUCAAGUGGUUCCUCUUUGGAGACAGACCCUUCUGGUGGGUCCAUGAAUCUGGGUACUACAGCCAGGCCCCAGCCCAGGUUCACCAGUUCCCCUCUUCAUGUGAAACUGGUCCAGGUAGCCCUUCUGGACACUGCAUGAUCACAGGAGCAGCCCUCUGGCCUGUAAUGACGACCGUCUCCUCCCAGUUGGCCACUCGGACCCGCAGCCGCUGGGUGCGGAUUAUGCCUAGCCUGGCUUAUUGCACCUUCCUCUUGGCAGUCGGCCUGUCUCGGGUCUUCAUCUUAGCACAUUUUCCACACCAGGUGUUGGCUGGCUUAAUAGCUGGUGUCAUCCUGGGCUGGCUGAUGACCCCCCGGGUGCCCACGGAGCGGGAGCUAAGCUUCUACGGUUUGACUGCGCUGGCUCUCAUGCUGGGCGCCAGCCUCAUCUAUUGGACCCUCUUUACACUGGGCCUGGAUCUUUCUUGCUGGAUGGCAUUCCCUGGAAGCCUUGUGGGCCCCCAGCCCCUGGACACAGACAGGGCUCCUAGGAAAGAAGGGGCAGCGCCCAGCCCUCUCCUGCUCGUAGCUUCCUUGGUCAAGGCCAGCAAAGGGAGCCCAGAAGGAGGGAAGCUCCAGCUGAGGGCAGACUCCUGAGUUCUUGGGUUCUGGCACUGUCCUUGCCUCUUCUAGAACCUCACUCUCACCAUCCCCAGGCUUCAAAACAAAGGACUGCUGACCCUUCUGCGGAAGCACACCGGAUGGUUGGGGGAAAUCUGGUCCUGAUCAGCAGGGGGGCUCUCAUCAGCCUGGAGCACCCCCUGCAGGGACCACCUUCUUCCCCUCCCCAGGCUGUACCAGCAGAGGGGCAGGGAGGCUAAUAGUCAGGUGGGCAGCAGGCCUGGUUCUGCGGCUCCUCCUGGGCCCUCAGAACCCAGGGUCCAUCCCAUCCCUCCCCAUACACUUUCUCCACUCCACCCCUGGAAAGGGGAAAAGCCCUGCCUGCAGACCUCAGGCCUACAUCUGUGGCAUGAGCACUCCCCUGGGCGCUGAGGCCAGGAGAGGAAAGGGGAAGGCAAUAGCGGUAAAGGUGGGGCCCACUUCCCCUCCAGCCUACACCUUAGUACUAUAGGGACCCUCUAGACCCUCCCCUGAGGGUAGAAUUAAGGCAUUUCCCCCCAGAUCAGCUGGAGCCACGGCACCGAACUUACUGCUCCCUCCUCCCUCAGGGAGACCCCAGAACCUGAGGGCACUGUCCUGGCCUCCAUGCCACCUUGAGCUGCCCCAAGCUCCAAGGGGGAAAAGGACAGAUUGCGGGAAAGUAGGUGUAGGCUACAAUGUGGGGAGGGGCUGGAAAGUAUACCCUCCCUGGAAGGAACAAACUUCCAGAACUGAGAUGGGGACCAGUUGGGGAGGGGGGUGGGGGGGAUAGGCCUGAGGCAGCUUAGAGGAGCAGGAGGGGCAAGGCUGAGAGACCCACACGGCACACGUUGUUGAAUGUGUGACUUUUUGUUUUUAAUAGAAAAAAUAAACAAAAUCACAAUGAUGAAGCCCAGAAGGGUGGGGCCAGGGUGUCACGGGGCAGGCUCCUGCUCCAUGGGCUCCUCUGCUGGCCUGUGGGGACAAACACAGGGAAGGGCACUGAGUGGGGGGCACUGGCAGGACGCCAGGACAGACAGCUGGUGAGGGACCUCACCUGGGGCUGUGCUCCCGGGCGGCAGCAGCCUGGGCCUGCUCAGCUCCCACCGACAGCAAGGCCAUGGCGCUCACAGUCUCAGCUUCCUCCGACUCACCAGCCUGGGCCUCCCGCAGGGAACAGCCCAAACCCACCGCAAACCUCUGCACACAGCUCCAGUGUUUGCCUGUAAGAGGGGAGGGCAGGGGGUCAAGGAGGGCAGACCACCCCAAUACCUGCAUCUCCUGCCCAGGGGCUCCCACAAGUGCCACGCCCUUUGCAAGCUGAGGGUUGGGCCCCUGCGCCAUCCCCACGCACUCUGGAUCUCAAUGACUUUCUCUAGUGUGGUCACUGCGUUGACGUUGGGCUUUUGCUGCAAGACUGCCUCAUCCAAGGGCUGCAACUGGCGGGAGAAAGAAGAGAAGGCUUAGGGUAAGAAGUGGAGGGAUGCAUUUGCCCCUCUAAGUGCCUCCAGCCAGCCCCAGACACCUCUCAUGGCAGGGCAAGGCACAGCCUUUCUGGGGGUGCCCCAACUCAGACAGCCCUGGCUACUAGUUGUCCUUAAGACUCAGGAAAACCUUCCCUACUACUUGACCCAGGUACAGGGCCAUGCCUUGCUGCACCUCCCCCAGCCCCCUUGGCCCACUGUUCCUUCUCCCCCACCCCUCCCUGCACCCCUCACCUCCACGCUGAGCAAAGCCGAGACACAGGCCUCAGAGGCAUCACAGAUGGCGGUCAAGUCGUGGCCUCCCUCCAGGGCCAGCACCACCCGGCCCCCUGCCAGCGUCAUCAGCUGCCUGGUCAAAUGGCCAAAACCUUUGGGGAUGGGUGGAGGAGGAAGAUGAUGGAAUGGUAAAAAAUAAUUCAAACAAGGCAAGAGACAAAAAGAAACAGGAGAGGUGGGACAAUAGCACAGAACAAGAUGGUAGCUUUAAACCCAGAUAUAUCCAUAAUGAAAUUCAACGUAAUGGACUAGAUGCUUCACUAAAGAUAAAAGGUAACAGAUCGGCUAAAACAAAUCCAAUUACGUGCUGACUUAAAGGAGACCACUAACAUUAUCAGGGAUCAACUAACUCCAUCCCUAUGGCUCCAGCAGGAGAUACACCCUCUGCUAUCCCCCCACUUGCCCCCAGGACCAAAGUUGGCGGGGGAGCUUCGGGGAGGAGGUGCUGGGAUGAAUCCACAUCCUAGACCUGCUUCUAGCUCUCUUACCCCCAAGCUCUGCAAUCCCCGCUCUUGUCCCCAUCCUCACUAUUCCACACCCUCUCUCAGUCCCCCAGUAGGCUCACAUCUGGCGGUGACAGAGUAGCCACCCAGCGGAGACAGAUGUCCCUCGACAGCAUCAAAGCCGGCGGAGACCAGGACCAUGUCAGGGGAGAACUCGUGGGCAAUGGGCAUCACCACUGUCCUGCAAAGGGAUGGCCUGAGCUGACCUGCUGGGGCUCACCCCACUGCUCUCCUUCCAGACAACCCCCUCCACCCAUGCAAAACCGAGUGCUUCUGCCCUCCCACGGCAGGGUUGGGGCAGGGGCUCCCCACCCCUCCCACGCCCUCCUCGGCCCCCACCUGAAGGCUGUCAGGUACUCCACAUCUCCGAUGGGGGGGUCCACACCUCCUGUCCAUGCCACGUUCACAUUGUACCCCACGCCCGGGCCUCCGCCAACCUGGCACCAGGAUGGGGGAGGGAAUUAUCUCUGUCUGGAGAUCCCAGACAUCGCCCCCCCCCACCUCUUGUCCUCACUGACCUCGGCUCUGCCCAGAGGGGCCAUCGGGCCAGUGGUCCUCCCACUAGGAGUCCAGACUCCCCAGGCACCAGCAUCACCACGGACCUCCGUGGCUCCCUGCUGGUCCUACUCCGCUGCUUCCCCGAGGGGCCCCACCUUUGGGCCCAGGAGCUGUACCUCUUCAGGCGCCCCACUGCCUGGAAAGAAGUUCCCGUUGUCAUAGCGAUGGAGGGAAAUGUAGAGCACAGAGGGGUCGUUGUAGAA